UUCAAUCAAAACUUGGUUCAUUUUGGUUUCAAAAAUGUCUUAUAAUCUUUCAUCAAUUUCUGAUUACUCUUGCUUCAACUAUAAAAUACCCGAAAUGGUUUCCACUGAAACAACCGAUUAUAACGUAUUGUCUGAUCUUCCCAGUUAUGAUCUUCAAGCUCUGUUGAACAACAAGGGAGACGAGCAAAACCCAAACCAGCUUGAAAAUCUCUGUCUUUAUCGAACAACCCAGUUUCGAUCUCUGUCUUCUAGUCGAAAUCCAGACAAAGGGUAUGAAAAUUUCGAUUUUGCUUACAACGAUGAAAAUGUAGCAAAGUUCUUACAAAGAAGCUGCUUUAAUGGCCAUUCUUUUCGAAAUUUUCAAGGUCCUGACAACAGCUUUUUUGAGAACUCUUUAAUGAAGAAACCAGGCUUUAAAAUAGGACGUUACAACCCAGAAGAGAGACAAGAGAGGAUUUCAAAGUAUAGAGCUAAGCGUAAUCAAAGGAACUUCAACAAAAGAAUUAAGUAUGCUUGCCGGAAAACAAUAGCCGACAACCGUCCUCGUAUACGUGGCCGAUUUGCACGUAACGAUGAAACUGUCGAGAUUCAGAAAGCUCCAUGUUCAACCAGACAUGAAGAAGAAUUUGAAUUAUGGGCGUUGCAUGAGGUGGAAGAUGAAACAAUGGCCAUAGGGACAUUUAUGAACAGUUUCAGUUUACAUCAGUUUCAAUACAGCUGCCAUGGCCGCUUCUGAAGCUUUUCUUUUAGUUACGGCAGUCUCAUGGAGCCCAAAAAACAGGGGAAAAUUGUAAUUAUAAUGAGUAAUGAUAAUAAAAAAGGGUCAAAUUUUAAUGUCGUUGUAAUAAAAAGAAUAAGGAAAUCAAUGAUAAAUAUUUGACCUCGAAUCUUUGACCUUGUGUAAAGAUCCACUCAAUUUUGCUUGUAAUGGAAUUAUGCUUUCGUUCA